GUCUGGACCAGAAUCGCGGCGGCGAGUACGCUGCGUACGAGGCGCUGAUUGAGAAGUUCGUCAAAGCCCUCAGAGACUGCCAGAUCACGCCGUGCGUGGUGCUGGACGGAGGCUUGGACUACACGGACAAGAAGCUGGAAACUGUGACUGAAAGAAACACAGAUCGCGUCAACAGAGCCCAUAAAGCGGCCGUGGAGGGCAGUCACCAGGGCAUCCUGCCACAGCUGGCCAACAUGGUCUUCACACAGACUCUGGCGCGGCUGGAGGUCCAGGUGGCGAGGUGCUACGGAGAAGCUGACCAGGAGGUGGCGGCCCUGGCCAGCGAGUGGCGGUGCCCGGUGCUGUCUGUAGACAGCGACUUCUUCAUCUUCGACCUCCUGGGGCUGGUGGGGCAGAUGCCGGUGGGGCUGCUGCCCAUGUCCCACUUCCAGUGGGAGGCGGUACGAGGGACCGGCUCGCAGCGCUACAUCCCCUGCAAGGGCUACACCACAUCCAGCUUCUGCAACUUCUUCAAGAUCCAGCCCCAGGUCCUGCCCACCUUCGCCGUACUGGCAGGGAACGACUACGUGAAGAAGAGCAAGUUGUUCAACGACCUGGAGGGGCUGCUGCGCUGGCUGAGGUGCUUCACCGAGCCGCGGGACGCCUUCAAGGCGCUGAUGAGAGGACUGAGCAAGGACAAAAAGGAGGAGCUGUUGACAGAUCUGCAUCGGGGCGUGGAGGAGUACAAACUCCCCCCCAGCUCCCUGAAAGAGUUCUUCAUCCAUGGGGCGGUGCCUCCGUUCCCAGCUGUGGAAGAGGUGGCGGGUCGUGUCCCAGACUGGGUCCUGCUGCCGCUGACCCAGGCCCGGCUGACGUCAGACAUCCUGGACGUCCUGCUGAUGCGCAGGAUCACGCUCAACAACCCCGUGGAGCACGGGGACAUGCCCAGCUGUCACCUGAUGUCCCGGCCGCUGCGCCAGCUGAGGUACGGGCUGCUGCUGGGCGAAGGCGAGGAGGUGACGGAGCGAGACAGAGAGGGACUGCAGGUCGUUUUCAACCCGGUCAAAGCCGUCGUCCCAGGCAACGGACAGCAGCUGACACUCAACUC